AUGAGCUGGCUCCUCUACACCAUGGCCGCCCCGCCGAUACUCAUCGUCUUCCUGCGCUUCCUCUCGCUCAUUCUUCCCGGGAAGAUGGCGCAGCUUGUCUCGUUCGCGGCCUUCUUCAUCACAAGCAUGAUUAUGAUGAGCAUCUCCGCCAUGUACGGCGUCUUCGCGAGCAUAGUCUUGAGAACUGUGGGAUACGGAGGCUUAAGCCAAUGGACGGUUGCGAGGGUGUUCAAGUGGCUCAUGUGGUAUACUACGGGAGUUACCUUUAAGGUGACGAAUAGCGGCGGGGAGGAGGCGCUGUUGACAAGGCCCGCUGUGCUCUUGGGCAAUCACCAGAGCGAACUCGACGUCCUCAUGCUCGGCUGCACAUUCCCCAAGUACACCUCCGUGACAGCAAAGAAGUCCCUCAAAUGGGCACCCUUCCUGGGUUGGUUCAUGACACUCUCCAAAACCGUCUUCAUCGACCGCGCAAACCGCACCACCGCCCGCGCUGCCUUCGACUCUGCCGCCAACACAAUGCGCACGGAACGCCAGAACGUCUUCAUCUUCCCGGAAGGCACGCGCUCCUACGCCGAGCAGCCCGAGCUCCUGCCCUUCAAAAAGGGCGCCUUCCACCUCGCCAUCCAAGCCCAGGUCCCCAUCAUCCCCAUCGUCGUUGCAAACUACGCCCACGUUCUCAACGUCAAGAAGCGCGAAUUUCACCCGGGUGUGAUCGACGUUAGUGUGCUCCCGCCGAUCAGCACCAAAGGGAUGACGGCGGAGAAUGUAGAUGCGUUGAUGAAGAAGACGAGGGAUGCGAUGUUGGACGAGUUGAUACGGUUGAGUCAUGUCAGCGGGGAGGGGAACGGUAUGCCGUUACCCAGGACAUCAGGAAGGGACGAGCAAAGCGAGCUUAGGAAGCGGAACUAG